GCGCUCGCCCAGUGCCGACAGGUGUUCCAAAUCAGGAAUUAAGAUUGUGCACCCACCCAAUCAGCGUUUCGGUGACUGAACGACGUUGAAUCAACUUGGAAGAUGAAUUUCUUCAUCAUAUUGUUUGUAUCUCUGUCCUGCGGCCUGAUUAUGGCCCAGGAUGGUGUUAAUGCUCCUGAAAGGGCAAAAAUCAAGAGAUUUCUGCAUUGCUUUCCUCACAUAUGCGGGAUCGUGCAUGAGUUUGGUGCGCUGAGACAAAAAGUGGGAGUUUUGGAAACCAGGCUGAAGAACAGUGAAACCAGGCUGGCACACAGUGAAACCAAGCUGAAGUACAUUGAAACCAGGCUGGCACACAGUGAAACCAAGCUGAAGCACAUUGAAACCAGGCUGAAGAACAGUGAAACCAGGCUGAAGAACAGUGAAAACCAGAUCCUUGAACUGCAGAACAAAGAAAGAACCAAGGUCGUAUUCAGCGCAGCAACAGGUGGAAAUGGAGCCCUUGGACCCUUCAACACAGACACAACUGUAGUCUACAGAGCAGUAAAAACCAACAUCGGCAAAGCUUACAAUCAAGCCACAGGUAUCUUCACUGCACCUGUCAAAGGCAUUUACUACUUCACUUUCUUCUAUCAUGCUGGAGGAGCUCAACCUGCGUGUCUACGCCUCAUGAGGAACGAACAGAUAGUUGCAGCGACCUCCGACCACAGAACAACCUAUGAUGGGGCAGAUAAUGGAGGCAAUGCCGUGUUCUUGCAGCUGCAGCAAAAGGAACGUGUGUAUGUGCGCUUGUGCGCACAUACACAUGUUUGGGAAAAUGAUGAAAUCACCACCUUCAGUGGUUUUCUGGUCGGUCAGGUUUGAAAACCAGUGAAUAAAGAUAUGAUUCGUUCAUUACAGUUGCACUUUUAACUCAUCUGAAAUGAUCUACGUAUAUUAAAUUCUAUAAUGAGUUGAUUUUAAUUUCUUCAAAUUAUUACAACCUGUCUAAAAGCUACUGCCGCUUACAAUUUGGAUGUGUACAAUGCAAUAGAUUUGGGAUUUUCAGACUGGAAAGCUACAUCAGAAUCAGUAAUAACACCUCAUCUCUGAGCUAAUUGUUUAUCUAAUUUUGUCUUAAAAAAACAAAUCAAUUCAUUAAUUACAACUCUGUAUCUCAUCAAAGAAGCAUUUUUUUGUUCAUCUGACUUUCUUUGUGUGUGUUUUUAAUUAAAUCUCAAAAAUGAGAAUCCAAAAGCGGUGUGCAGACCAUGUGGGUUGCUAUCUUUUGAUUAAACCAAUAAAAUUUCUUCAUUCAUGCAA